AUGAGCUUAAGGAUAAUACUCCCGGCAGAGUCGAACUUACCGGACAGUCCAAUUGAAAAUGUCCGCGACUUCUUAGCACGAAGUGAAGCAGAGAACUGCCAGAGAGAAGUGAUCUUCUUUGACGAAUCGCUAACUGGAUACGUGAUCUACAGCGGAGACAGAGCUGGCGACUUUUCCGUCUAUUUGGACAUUUCUAUCGUGCCAGAAGAGGCCAAUAGAGCAAGGUUCAGCAACCUACACUCGCCGCAGCGAAACCAUACUUCCCCAGCACUCUCUACGCCAGAGCCAGAGGCCACCGAACAACCUAAUUCAUACAGCAUUUUGAACAGUACGUUGACGGGAAGUGACAUUGUUUACUCGGGCGAAGUGCUAGCCGAGAGACUGGCUAAUAUUGUCGAUGGUUCCAGCUCGGGGAUAGAAGUAUCCCAAUGCAUCGUUUGGCGCUUCAAUAUUCCGAUAGUCUACCCAAGGAAGAAGUUUGGGAACCCCCGAGUCAAGGUGAGCUGCUACCUCAAUGAAAAGGAGUCGUCGUCCUCCUCUGCUGUGAAUGAUAUUGAGGACAGAGCUGAUGAUAAUGCGUUGACUUUUGUUGAGUCUGCUUCCUUGCCUGACUAUCUGUACGCUGACAAGCCAAAUAUCCUCGAAGAGUUGAACCACGGCGUAGUUAACAAGGACGAUGCAUUGAUGAACCAAAAGUUUGAAUUUUAUGAAGAAAAGGAGGUACGAACGAACCCUGCCACUCACUCGAGGACCGGCACUGGCUCGGGACUUGACAGGGUCGAGGAAAAUGACGUGACAAUUCCUACUGGCUCAAUACCCUCCCAACCAGUUCAUGAACAGCCUAUGCACAUCAGCGGUCUGGUAUCGCUCCCUAUCACCGUGUCCCUGGUUAUUAAGCUUAAAUCUACGAAACCUGCUGGUCGGAACAAUAUACUUCUAUCUACGCUAAAUAUAGAGGCGUCGGAGGAGGUGCAGAAGAUGUAUACUAAGAAGGACAACAUGUACUUUAAUAUUCUUGGUCUUAGCGUAGUGUUCAAGGCAGGAACGAUAGAAGAGUUGAUAAGCAAUGAAUUCCCCAUACGAUUCAAGUUGGAGGACUCGCUCAAUUUAACGUACAAGUUGAUUAACAAUGAUUUCUUGGACAAGGAGUUAAAGCAACAGGACGGCAGCGGGGUCCAGUUCACCUCAACUAAACCUGUCAAUAUUAAGCUCACACUUCAAGUACAAAAAAAAUGUGAAGGGAAAAAUGAAUUCACCACAAUAAGUAACACCAUAGUGACAUCCUGGAACCCUUAUCUUGACUUUAGCAUAAUAGCGCCUCCAAUCAAUAGUUCAUUGAAGGCAACAGCCCCAACUGGCGGUCAAAUUGGACCAGGUGGUUCUCUUGGGGCAAUACCAACUUUAGGUAGCAGUGGCUUAUCGCUGCACUUCCAAACUUCGCCAUUAAUACAAUCGCAAGCUACGUUUGGCGCAAAGUUACCACCACGUAAAGCAGCAUUGCUAAGUAGUGCCCAUAAACAGAAGACUUCCAGCUUCGUGGAUGUCAACAUAAUCCCCUCUAUAAACAACAACGUACCCAGUUCCAACAUUUCGUACUCGAGCCAAAGCGGGGGGAAUUUGGGCGGUGCUUCAAAAGUGUUAAAUUCUGCUUCAUCUGUUACUGUCAAUUUAACAACUAGCUCGUCAAUAUUAUCAGGUUUAAAGUUAACUUUUAUUGGGAAGUUGAGUAUUCAACUAGGACAAAUAACAACUUGGAGGCUACAGGCAAUUAACAAUUCGACAGGAAGCUUAAAUCUCUCUUUGUUGGUUCAAUCACCAAGCUCGCAGCUUGGUAGUGGUAAUAACGCAAGUACUAAAUCAUACUCCCAUAGUAAUUUACUCUUGAACUACGGUAAGACUGACACGCCAAUCAUCUACGGGCAGGGUCAAUUGCAAUCUCUAUACAGGUCAUUAAAAGUGGUAAAGAGUGGAGUGAUAAUAUUGGACAAUGAUAUACGUUUGGGCCCCUUAGAGAACAACAGUGUUUUUGAGACAGAAAUCAAGUUAAUUGGAGUAAGUAGAGGUGUUUUCAAUCUUGACGGGAUCAAAAUUUUCGACACUAACACUGGCGAUGGGUUAGAUUUUGGGAAGUUGGUAGAAGUAUUUGUUGUAUAG